CAAUGAUCAAUACAGACAAAGGCCCUCUGGAAGUUUACUAUCUGAUAGGUGAGACAGACAAUAAAAUAAGAUAAUUUCAGAUCGUGGUAGGAGCUAUAAAAACUAAAGGAUGAUAUUACAGAGUAUAGCUGUGGGACGGCCAGGGAAAGGUCUUUUUGGGAAGGUGACAUUUGAGCCAAGAAGAGAGUGAGGAGGAAACCACCUUGUGAAGAUCUGACUUCUGCAUUCCAGGCAGAGACAACAGCAAGUGCAAAGGCCAUGAGGCAGGAAUGAGCUUGGUGUGUUUGAGGACCAGGGAGAAGACCCGUGAGGCCGGAGCAUGAGAAGUGUGGGCGUUGGGGGUCAACAAGAACAACAAACAACAAGAACAAGGUCUGAUGAUUCCCUCAACUCCCCGGGGUUGCUCCCCACCCCCUGACUGUGCCUCCCACCCUUCCAAAAUCUUGCUGCUGGGGAAACUGGAUCCUUAGGUCCCCGGAGAGGAGUGAAGAUGCUGAAGAACCAGGCCUGGGUCCCAGGGAUGGAGGGUGCCUGAAGGUGCAGUUGGGAGAAAGGAGGCCUGGAUAGUGGGUGAGGAAUAGAAAGGGGAAGUGAUUGGAAGGGCAGACAUCUGGGCUCCGGGGUGGAGGGCCUGAGCUGGGCAAGGAGCAAAGAUGCCAUGUGAGUCUUCUCCAUUUAUGACUCACCUACUCUUCCUCCUCCUCUUCAUUGCUCAACCCCAAAUCUCCCUGGGAAUUACCUCACUGACUGGAGAUCAAGUCAGUGCCUCACAGGGUAAUUGAGUCAUGAGGGGUGGAGCAGAGGAAAGGAAGCAGAGGAUAAAUAGUAGCUUUGCCUCCCUGGCCCCUCUCUGCAUCCUCCCCACUUCCCCAACAAUAUGCAUCUUGCCAGUUUGCUCAGCUCCUGCUUCCUCUUGCUGCUGCUGGGACCUUUGCCUGGAUGGGCGGCCGGUGCUGACCCCGUUAAGAAGGUCACUGAAGGGAUCAGCAAAGGGCUGAGCAAUACAGAGAGAGAGGUGGGCAAGGCCCUGGAAGGCAUCAAUAAUGGAAUCCCUCAAGCUGGAAGGGAGAAAGAUUUUAGUGGACUCAACAGUGUGGGGAGCCAGGCUGGUAAGGAGCUGGACAAGGGCAUCCAGGGGCUCAACCACAACUUGGACAAGGUAACCCAUGGAAUCAACAAUGUCGCCGGACAAGCAGGAAAGGGAGCAGAGAAGUUUGUCCCUGGGGUUAACAGUGCUACUGGACAGGUUGAGAAGGAGGCAAACAAAGUGAUUCAGGGGGUCCACGAUGGGGUCAACCAGGCAGGAAAUGAGGCAAGUAGGUUUGGCCAGGGGGUCCACCAUGCCGGGAAAGAGGGAGAAAAAAUAGUCCAGGGGGUCCAUCAUGGAGUUAAUCAUAAUGGAGAGGAGGUGGGAAAGUUUGGUCAGGGGGUCAGCCACGCUGCAGGGCAGGCUGGGAAAGAGGGAGAAAAAAUAGUCCAAGGGGGGCAUCAUGGAGUUAAUCAGGCUGGAAAGGAGGUGGGAAAGUUUGGUCAGGGGGUCAGCCACGCUGCAGGGCAGGCUGGGAAAGAGGGAGAAAAAAUAGUCCAAGAGGGGCAUCAUGGAGUUAAUCAGGCUGGAAAGGAGGUGGGAAAGUUUGGUCAGGGGGUCAGCCACGCUGCUGGUCAGGCUGGAAAGGAAGUGGAGAAACUUGGCCAAGGUGUCCCCCACGCUGCUGGCGAGGCCGGGAAGGAGGAGGACGGGUUGCAUCAGACGGUUCAUGAUGGGACCAACCAAGCCGGCAAGGAAGCCAACCAGCUGCUGAAUGGCAGUCCUCAAGGCAGAUUCACUCACCAGAACGGAGGGGCUGCAACCACAACCUUAACAUCUGGAGCUUUGGUCAACAAGCCCUUCAUUGACCUUUCAGUUCUGUGGAAGGCAGCUGUGGCCCAACCUCCUUAUGGCUCAAGGAGAAGCAGCGACAACCCAAAUGCAGAGGGAAGCAGCAGUGAUGGCAGGAACAGCGGUGACAGCAUCAGUGGCGGCAGCAGCGGCAGCAGCAACAGCAGCAACAGCAGCAGCGGUGGCAGUUCUGAGCUCCACUGGAACUCUCAGCUGUUUCCUGGGCUCUUCGGCUUGGACACUUUCUGGAAGAAUUUAAAAUCCAAGCUGGGUUUCAUGAACUGGGACACCAUCAACAAGGACCAAGUCCCAGACCUCAGGACUCGCAUCUUCCUCUACUUCUGUCGACUCUGGGAGAAGUUCAAACAAAGCACUCCUUUCUUGAACUGGAAAGCAAUUACUGAGAGCUACGAUUAUAACCAGCAGAAAUACCCUACUGCCAGUGGGGGGCAGCACUCAGCCCAGAUCCCCACUAAGUGCGGAGUCACGGUUUCUUCCUCGGCUUCCCGGGCGCGACCUGACCUGCUGCAGUGGGUGAAGUUUUGGUAGAAAAUCACUUGCAACUGCGACUGAAGCCCUGAGAACCGUCAGUCAUCAAGGGACCUGACUGUGCCCCUCCCCCAGCUCUUGGUAUGGGUGCUAACACCUGCUUUUUCUAGGUUGGGUACCUAUCUGUCUAUCCCUUGUUUCCUCCCACCCACUGUGGUGUCUCCUUGACCGUCAGCCUCAGUGGAUACACCAGCCAUUGCUUCACCUGCUCCAUUUUGUGACCUGAAGUUACCGUGACAGAAAUUCAGGAGGCACGUCCUACUUUAGAGUUUCUCUGUGGAAAUAAAACAUGAGUCUUGUUUCCCUAA